AUGGCAACAACAUUCCCUUACACUUUCGUCUCUUGCCCCUGUUCAGAUGCAUCCAAUAGAGCCUUGAAGUCGAAGCGAUCCUCCCGCGAUGUCGACUUUGAGGGAGUUCAAGACGGUGAAGAGACCUUUGAUCCGCGGCAUCCACGUUCUGCCUUCUCGCUUUUCCCCCCUGAGCACUUGUUGUACUGCGAAGAAUGCCACGAGAUCAAAUGCCCUCGUUGCGUGACCGAGGAGAUCAAUGCGACCUACUGUCCAGACUGUCUCUUUGAGAGUCCCAGGGUAAUGGUUAGGGGUGAAGGGAAUAGAUGCCCUCGAAACUGCUUUCAUUGCCCCAUCUGCACGUCCCAGAUGAUCACCACUUCCAUCGGCGACCCAAAAGACGGACCAUUCAUCCUCAACUGCAACUACUGCAUGUGGAGCACCCUCGAUGUUGGUAUCAAGCUUGACAAACCGACCGGCGUCCGCGGCCAGCUUGAUGAAAUUGCAAAUGGAGGCAAACGCAGGCCUUCGACCUUGAAAUCACCACCACAACACCAUGAUGAACCCGCACGCAAAUCAUCGCUUUCACGGCAACCUUUAUUGCCGGAAGAAAUAAGAGAGGCCGUGGAAGCCAGAGAGCCAACCGAGUCACGGCCAUCUCUGGAUUCAACGGCGAGGUUCAGCGCCCUGAAGGCAUUCUACAAGGACCAAAUCGCCGAAUCUUCAGCUAUGGAUGCGGGCUUUCCCACUUCCGCGUUGGACAUGGCCUACUCGUCCCCAUCGUCACUCCAACGUAUCAUGAACAUCUAUACCAACAGAGAGAACUCGCUUAAACGGGCUCGACAGAAGCUUACGAUCAUGCGAGAAGCUCGCGCAGUGGGCGAAGGACUCAAACUGUACGACCCACAAAGUGCCACGCCUUGCGAAUACGACGAGACCACAACCAUGGCACAAAGAACCUCUCAAAAUCCUUCCUUUAUUGGCAAUCCUCGAGCGCGCACAGUCUCAGAUCUCAGACCGAUGCCCACACUUAUGCGUACCAAACGAUCCAAGCGCUGUGCGACCUGCAAACACAUCCUCACCCGACCCGAGCUGAAGAUAUCGUCUGCACGAUACCGCAUCAAGCUGAUUGCACUCAGCUAUAUCCCCUUUGUGACCAUAAAGCCGCUUCCAGUUCCGGGUGGCUUGUCUCCUCCUGGACCAGAUGGAAGCGACAUUGUCCUUGCAGCUGGGAAGCCUGUCCAGUUUAUCAUGACACUGCGCAAUCCGCUGUUUGACGACGUCAAUGUCAGCUUGGGAAGCCCCAGCGUGACACCGGGAAAGCAUGGGCAUCGGGUCACCAUCUUGUGCCCUCAGUUUCAGAUCGGGAAGAAUAGCGACGCUUGGGACGACGCACUGAACAAGCCUCCAACUCAGGCAGUGGGAGGUGCCAAUACCGCUGGUGGAGAACAAAUCGCUGGCAAAUUGUACGACCAGGGCCGCAACUGGGCGAGCGUAGUAAUUGAGAUUAUCCCUGCGAGCAUUUUGAGAGGCGUGAGCGAGGAUCUGGGCGGAGAUGAGGACGUCAUCGAGAUUCCUAUCAGAGUCAGGCUGGAAUGGACCGUCACCGAGGACGAGACUGCGGGUAUUGUGGAAAGAAGGAAACGGGAUAGGGACAAGGUGCUCGAAGACGGGGAGGACGCGGAUGAUGGGAAGAGAGAGUUGAGUUACUGGAUGGUCCUUGGUAUUGGGAGAGUGGACUGUUGA